CCAAGUGGAAGAUGAGUCCUCUCAUUUGGAUGAAAUGCCACUAAUGAUGUCAGAAGAAGGUUUUGAAAAUGAUGAGAGUGAUUACCAUACUCUACCAAGAGCCAGAAUUUCUCAGAGAAGAAGAGGCUUAGAAUGGUUUAUCUGUGGUGGCUGGAAAUUCCUUUGCACUAGUUGUUCUGAUUGGCUCAUAAACAUUUGCCGAAGAAAGAAAGAGCUGAAGGCUCGCACAGUGUGGCUUGGGUGUCCUGAAAAGUGUGAAGAAAAAUACCCCAAAAAUGCCAUAAAAAAUCAAAAAUACAACGUCUUUACCUUUAUACCUGGGGUUUUAUAUGAGCAGUUCAAGUUUUUCUUGAAUCUCUAUUUUCUCGUCGUGUCCUGCUCACAGUUUGUACCAGCAUUGAAAAUAGGCUACCUGUACACGUACUGGGCUCCUCUGGGAUUUGUUUUGACGGUCACGGUGGUGCGGGAAGCCGUUGAUGAAUUUCGACGUUACAAGAGAGACAAGGAAAUGAACUCACAGUUAUAUAGCAAGCUGACAGUACGAGGUAAAGUGCAAGUUAAGAGUUCAGACAUACAAGUUGGAGACCUCAUCAUAGUGGAAAAGAAUCAACGAAUCCCAUCUGACAUGGUGUUUCUCAGAACAUCAGAAAAAACAGGUUCGUGUUUCAUUCGAACUGACCAGCUAGAUGGAGAAACAGACUGGAAACUGAAGGUUGCUGUCAGCUGCACGCAAAGAUUGCCAGCUUUGGGGGAUCUCUUUUCAAUCAAUGCUUAUGUUUAUGCCCAGAAGCCACAGCUGGAUAUUCACAGUUUCGAGGGUACCUUCACACGGGAAGACAGUGAUCCAGCGGUUCAUGAAAGCCUAAGCAUAGAAAAUACGUUAUGGGCAAGCACUGUUGUUGCUUCUGGAACUGUAAUUGGUGUUGUCAUUUACACGGGAAAGGAAACUCGAAGUGUAAUGAACACAUCCAAUCCAAAAAAUAAAGUUGGCUUGCUGGACCUGGAGCUGAAUCAACUGACCAAAGCCUUGUUUUUGGCUUUAGUUGCACUUUCAGUUGUUAUGGUAACCUUGCAAGGAUUUGUAGGCCCAUGGUAUCGCAACCUUUUCCGGUUUCUCCUCCUGUUUUCCUAUAUCAUCCCGAUCAGUUUACGUGUGAACUUGGACAUGGGUAAGGCAGCCUAUGGGUGGAUGAUUAUGAAAGAUGACAAUAUUCCUGGAACAGUUGUUCGAACUAGCACCAUACCAGAAGAGUUGGGACGAUUAGUUUAUUUACUAACGGAUAAAACAGGAACACUUACACAGAAUGAGAUGGUGUUUAAGCGCCUCCACCUAGGUACUGUGUCCUAUGGAACAGACACAAUGGAUGAAAUUCAGAGUCAUAUUAUAAACUCGUAUUCACAGGUGCACUCUCAAAACAGUGGAAAUAGUACAAGUUCAACACCAUCUAGGAAACCUCAGUCAUCUGCACCCAAAGUCCGCAAGAGUGUCAGCAGUCGGAUACACGAAGCUGUGAAGGCCAUUGCGCUGUGCCACAACGUGACCCCAGUGUAUGAAUCCCGGGCUGGUGUGUCUGGAGAAACAGAAUAUGCAGAGGUGGAUCAGGACUUCAGUGAUGAAAAUCGAACUUACCAGGCUUCCAGCCCUGACGAGGUCGCUCUGGUGCAGUGGACAGAGAGCGUGGGUCUCACGCUGGUGAGCAGGGACUUGACCUCCAUGCAGCUGAAGACCCCAGGUGGCCACAUCCUGACGUUCUACAUCCUGCAGAUCUUCCCCUUCACUUCUGAGAGCAAGCGCAUGGGGAUCAUAGUCAGGGAUGAAUCUUCAGGAGAAAUUACAUUUUACAUGAAGGGUGCAGAUGUUGCAAUGUCCACUAUUGUACAGUACAAUGAUUGGUUGGAAGAAGAGUGUGGUAAUAUGGCACGAGAAGGACUGCGUACGUUGGUUGUUGCCAAAAAGUCACUGACUGAAGAGCAGUAUCAAGAUUUUGAGAGUCGAUACAACCAAGCGAAGUUAAGCAUACAUGACAGAAACCUGAAGGUUGCUGCUGUUGUAGAGAGCUUGGAGCGAGAAAUGGAAUUGCUGUGUCUCACUGGAGUAGAAGAUCAGCUGCAAGCAGAUGUUAGACCAACUCUAGAGAUGCUAAGAAAUGCUGGAAUAAAGAUAUGGAUGUUAACAGGAGAUAAACUGGAGACAGCAACUUGCAUUGCGAAAAGUUCUCACCUGGUGUCUAGGACUCAAGAUAUUCACAUUUUCAGACCUGUUGCCACUCGAGGAGAGGCUCACUUAGAGCUAAAUGCCUUUAGGAGGAAGCAUGACUGUGCCUUGGUGAUAUCUGGGGACUCACUUGAGGUUUGUCUGAAGUAUUAUGAGCAUGAAUUUGUAGAGCUGGCUUGUCAGUGUCCUGCUGUAGUGUGCUGCCGAUGUUCUCCCACCCAAAAAGCUCACAUUGUGAAACUGUUACAGCACCACACUGGGAAACGCACGUGUGCAAUAGGUGAUGGUGGAAAUGAUGUCAGCAUGAUCCAAGCAGCAGACUGUGGAAUUGGAAUUGAAGGCAAGGAGGGAAAACAAGCUUCCCUAGCAGCUGACUUUUCUAUCACACAGUUUAAACACAUAGGUAGGCUGCUGAUGGUACAUGGUCGAAACAGUUACAAGAGAUCAGCAGCACUUGGUCAAUUUGUCAUGCACCGAGGCCUUAUUAUUUCAACUAUGCAGGCUGUAUUUUCAUCAGUCUUCUAUUUUGCAUCUGUUCCCUUGUACCAAGGAUUCCUAAUGGUAGGGUAUGCAACCAUAUAUACCAUGUUUCCAGUCUUCUCUCUAGUGUUGGAUCAGGAUGUGAAGCCAGAAAUGGCAUUGCUGUAUCCAGAGCUUUAUAAGGAUCUCACAAAGGGAAGAUCUUUGUCAUUUAAGACCUUCCUCAUCUGGGUUUUAAUCAGUAUUUACCAAGGUGGUAUUCUGAUGUAUGGAGCCCUGCUGCUUUUUGAAUCUGAAUUUGUACAUGUCGUUGCCAUUUCCUUCACUGCCCUCAUCUUGACUGAGCUCUUGAUGGUUGCACUGACCAUACGAACAUGGCACUGGUUAAUGGUGGUGGCUGAAUUCCUCAGUCUUGGCUGCUAUGUGGCCUCUCUUGCAUUUCUAAAUGAAUACUUUGGUAUAGGCAGAGUGUCUUUUGGAGCUUUCUUAGAUGUUGCCUUUAUCACAACGGUGACCUUCCUGUGGAAAGUGUCAGCAAUCACCGUCGUCAGCUGUCUUCCACUUUACAUUCUCAAGUACUUGAAGCGCAAAUUUUCUCCUCCGAGUUACUCCAAGCUUACCUCGUAAAAGUAAUGAUAGUGCUGUGGUUUUUCACUCACACCAGUCUGCAGGUGUUUAUGAAUUUAUGCUGGACUAAAGAAAUUGACAAAAAAAGAAAAAUUGAAGGCGACAGAGCACAAAAAGAGGAGGAAGCA